UUUUGUUAAAUUCUGUAAAACAUUUCAACUGAAUUUUUAUCUGAAUUUUACGUAAAUUACAUUAAAUAUGGCUAGAUACGGUCUACCCAAUGAAUCCUCGUCGGAUGAAGAUAUCAACGAUUACAGCUAUGAGACAACCUUUUCCAAGCCUUUGGCCCAGUCCACGGCAUACAAGGACUUGACCGGAACCGAAACCGACAACGAUAUCGAUAAGGAGCCACCACUUUUGGAGGAACUGGGCAUCAAACCGCAUCAUAUUUACCAAAAGACACUGGUCGUGCUCAAUCUCUUGAGUGACAUCACGGAUCAGGAUAUACUGGAGGACACGGACAUGGCGGGACCGUUGGUCUUUUGCCUCACACUUGGCAUCUUCCUGCUACUGGCCGGCAAGGUGACCUUCUCGGCCAUCUAUGGCAUCGGCAUUAUGGGUUGCAUAUUCUUCAAUUGCCUGCUGUCACUGAUGGCCAACAGGAUCCAGAUGACUGUCAUGAUGGUGGCCUCCAUGCUAGGCUACUGUCUGCUGCCCAUGGUGUUGCUAUCGUUUAUUAAUAUUUUCAUCACCAUUGAGGGUACAUUUGGUAUAAUUUUGACCAUCUUUGCCGUGCUCUGGUGCUCCAUAUCAGCCUCGAAACUGUUGGCCACCGCUUUUGAUAUGGAUAAUCAACAAUGGCCAAUUGCGUAUCUGUGUGCCAUGCUCUAUGGAGGAUUUGCAUUGAUUACCCUUUACUAAGGAUG